AUGUCAGAGGGAAAUGACUAUAGAAGUAAUUUCAUCGAUAUUGAUGGAAAAGAUCCCUCGUCAGCUGUCAGAACUCCACAAAAUUUCUUAUCACCGGAUUCUUUAGACAGCACCACUUCCUUCCUGAGUUCUGAGAGAUUUGAAGGAAAUAUUUUUGUCAAUAGAAGCGGUAAAACUCCACCACUUUCCAAAUUUACAAGCGUGAACGAGGGCCACAGUAAAUCAAAUUUAGCAGGUUAUAAAGCGAUGAAUACUGCAAUCGCACAUGGUCCGGACGAAUACAGCGUUGCGCAGGAAGCUGUAGAUUCUAAAUAUGUAUCCGGACCUUCUACAAGUAUUACAUCAACGGUGAAAGACGCAAAUGGGCAAGUCAAAAGAAAGUACUCGAGAAAUGGAUGUGUCGAGUGCAAGAGGAGGCGAAUAAAAUGUGACGAAACAAAACCAUCUUGCUGGCAGUGCGCGAGGUUGAAUCGCGAAUGCAUCUAUAUUUCGAAUCCAAAGAACAAGAAGCGAAAGCCCAAGAAAGGCUCUGUUGAAAAGCCCCUGCUGAAAAAUGAAUCAGAAAAGUCCACCUUAAAGAAAGAGCACUCUGAGGAUUUCGCCGGUAAGCAAGCAACAAUUACCUCAAAUACCUCGCACACGGUUCCCACUACAGCAGUUACGCUUGCUCCUCUUACUACAAAUGCACCUACCGCUACUACCACCAACGCUACUGGCACUCAUAUUGAGGAGCUGCCGACUGUCGGGGUCACUUCUGUAGCUUGUGCUAAUAAUGUUGAAGAAAAUAAUAGUAUCACUAAGUCAGCAACACUCCCGAAUGCUAACGCACCUGUCUCUAACAUGGACGGUUACGAUGCUAAUCUUUUAAUUCAGAACUUGAAUGACAUAGUCAGCAUGAAACUCAAUGACUCAUUUCUUCUUAACGAGAGCUUGAAGGAUUUGCGAUUACCAGAGCUUGAUAUUCCGGAGUUGUUACCUCAGACUGCGGAUCCUGUAAGUUCUGUGCCCAUUUCAUUUUUAGUCAACAAUGUCAUAACUUUCAAUACCAAGCUGAGUUCCUUUCAAUUGGGUGGAGUUCACGAUGGGUAUCUCAAAGUUUUCUUUAAUGAUUGUUUGGACUCUAUUGCCCCCUUUUUUCAAAAUCAGGAAAAUCCAUUGAGGGAUAUUAUUCUUUCCUUUGCACGAAAUGAGUCCUACUUACUAUCAGCAACUUUGGCUGUUGGUGCUUCGAUUGCAAACCGAAAAUCUGCAUCGCUUGAAGAUGAGCGAAAUUACUGUGCGUACUUAUCACAUUGUCUUAGCUUGCUGGGCGAGCAAUUUCAAAAUGAAGCAAACGUGCUAAACAAAAUAGAGCCAAUAACUUUUACAGUAAUAAUGCUUGCAUGGGACUGUAUCAAUACGAUGAACUCCCAAUGGAGAUCCCAUUUGAAAGGUGUUACUGACCUUUUUAAGAAGAUCAACUCUGGGAACUCCUCAAAAGUCAUGAAUGUGGCCAAAUGCUGGUUCAAAGUCAUGGAAACAUUUGCAAGCGUUAGCACAGUUCUAGGCGGAUCAGUCACAGAUGAAGAUGAUCUAGAUCUAAUUUUUGAUCCAUAUGAUUAUCAGUACGUCGACUCUUUGAAGUUUUUGAACAUCAUGACGCCAUUGAAUGAAUUCAAUUUGCUCAGGGGUCAAAAAGAAGAUUUUGAUUUGGUUAUUAAAGAAGUUAUAAAAGCUCUCACAUGCAUACGAAAAGCGGAAAAGAACUACAUGUCACAGGAGGAGGGGCUUUUCACAAAAAACCAGGAUUAUCUGUUGUGGUCAUCACAUCAAGAUACCGAAAAGACUAAAGAAUCCCUCUCGUAUUUUAAGAUUCAAAAAAUCUUGGUUGAAAUUGAUAAACAAUUGGAAUAUGAAUUCAUAGACAAGUCUGGGGUAAUACCCCUGGAAAGUCAGUCACAUCCAGACAGGAGUAGUAUUGAUGACAACGCUAUUGAUGUAGUUAUUUUGAGAAAUAGCGAUCGAAUCGCGAUCAGCUGGUAUGAUAUUUCUCAUCAAACACAGGUUCUUUCCUUUCUACUAAUUGUUCUAUUGAAACUCCUCGGAAUUCCUAAGGAGUCAAUAACUGUUCAACAAGUUGUAAAGAAAAUCAUGUCAUUCUUUAAAUUUCUGAACAGUGACAAUCCACCUCAAAAUAAUAGAACCUGUUACAGUAAUUUCGCUGUUCUGAUGGCAGGUUUGAAUGCGAUGGAUGAGGAUACAAGAAACAUUGUACGAACCUACUAUAAAGUGAAUGGUGGCAAAUUUCAAAGACUGACUGAGCACAACUUAAAUAGAUUGGAAAGCGUAUGGUACGGCAAAGGGGGUAACUAUAAACUUGCUGAUCAAGAUGUUUUAACGUGGUAA